ACUUAUUGAAAACUGUAUCUGUGCUUGCUCAGUACGUUUCCAGAAAAUGGUUGGGUUGUUUGUCGAAGUUGACACGUAAUUUCGCUCUACAUCGUAAAUAUUUCUCAAAAAACUUAAUCAUGCCCUUAUUUUGAGUUUCUGAUUCUAUACAUCCAUUAUAAAAUAUUCAUCAUGGAGUUUCGUGAAACGCUAUUAGCUGCUCAGCGAAAUCAACAAGAGAAGUCAUCUGUUAGUAACUAUUAUUACAAGGCCAAGUUUGAUCCACCAAAAAAAGAACAAAGGGAAAAAGAUAGAUUAUCUGCCAAUAUACAAAAGUUUCUUGCUAAGAAAGAUGAAGAGGAACGGCAGAAAAAACUGGAUACUCAGCGAAAGAGAGACGAAUUACUUGCUAUGCGUGAUCCUAAGGCCCUGCGCAAAAUUCAGAAAACACUGAAGGUCAUUAAAUCCGCGAAUAAGUCUGUCAUUGCUGAUGCUUUUGAUAGAGAUAACACAGCUGUUACUCGGGAAGGCCCAGAUCAGCCAGAUCAAGAUGAUUAUGGGUAUGAAUCCCAGUCAGCUGCUGCAAUAUAUGAGAAAAUGAUGCAAAAGUAUAGUAAAAUUCCAGAUGAACCUAAAUUCCCCAAUUCAAGCGGUUCAACUCCCAAGGAUUUACAUGGUACAAGAGAAAGAGUCAAACAUGCUCUCCGCCAUGAAGAUGAUCCAGUGCCACAUAAGAGAAGGCGUCGUACUGAAAAUGGUGAGUCCAGUCCUCCUCAAAAAUAUGAACCUGAAAGAGAAAAAGAGAAAGACAAGAAAUCAGAUAAACCUAAAAUUCGUAGACCAGCCCCUCCACCAAUGGACUUCAAUCAAUUGUUGAAGCUUGCGGAACAAAAGAAGAGUGAACCUGUUGGUAUUAGUGCACCAAAAAAGACUGUUGUGGAACCUGAGCCUGACAGACUCAUGACAAAGAAACAAAAGAGGGAGUAUGAGGAAGAAAUGGCACGAAGACAACGACGUCAGGAACGUAUUGAAGCAGCAAAGGCCGGGCAUAAAGCUCCAAAAGCAGAUAAGCCAACAGAUAAAGAACGAAAAGCAGAACCAACUAGUACAGGAUUUGGAAGAAUUCCGAAAGUUGGUGAAAGAGCUGUCCCUAAAAGUGAUCCUCCAAGAGGUCACGAGAGAGAAAAGAAAGACUGUGAAAGAGUACAGAAAGAAAAGGAAAAAGCUAGGUUAGAAAGGGAUAAAGUUGAUCGUGAAAAAGAUAGAAUGGAUAAAGAAAGAUUAGAUAAAUUAAAAGCAGAACGCGACAGAAUUGAAAGAGAAAUGGAGCGUCUUAACAAAGAUAGAGAGAGAUUGGACAAAACUAAGGCAAAAUUAGAAACAAGUAUAUCUUCAGAUAGAAGUAAAGAUAGAUCCAAGAUGAAUAAGGAGCAGCCAAUAAAACAAGAAGCUAAAAAGAAUAUAGAUUUAAAGAGCCAAAAUACUUACAGGAUAGAUAAAAAUGACAGGAAGCUCUUACCACAAAAGCAGGAUAGAGUUUCCAAUGGUCAUAGCUCGCUGAGCAAGCCAGUGCCAAAACUUAGUAAAGAGGGCUUAGAUAGAAAUAUGAAAGAUAAAAUGGCCAUAGCAAAGAAACCUUCAGAUGGUAGUCCUAGAAAUGGUCAAAUAAAACAAGAGAACGGGAAACGGUUACCGGAAGCAGGCAGAGGUGUCAAAAAAGGAGAUGAUAAGAAAUCUAUACAGGGAAUGAAACAGGGUGGUUCAAGUAAACCUGUCACUGGUUUUGAUUUUGACCAACAUGUCAAUUCUAUAGGUGUUAGGAAUGGUGGGAAGAAACUUCCUCCCAGUGAUAAUAGGAGGAAACAGCAAGCUAGUGAUAAGAUGAAGCAAAAACGUCGUACGGUAGAUUCUGAUUCGGAAUAUGACUCUGAGAUGGAUGACUUCAUCGACGAUGGCGAUGUUGAGUUAGACUACUCCUCCGCCAUCAAAGAAAUCUUUGGAUAUGAUAAAUCCAAAUAUCGAGACAUGGAUGAUGCUGAUGACCCAUCCAUGGAGUCUAGUUUUGCUCGACAACAGCGUGAAGAGUAUAUAACUAAAAAGAUCGGUAUCAUGGAAGACUUGGAGGAUAUGAGGAUGGAGGCGAUGGAAAAGAAGAAAAAAGGCAAGAGACGGAUAUCGGACGAUUAAUGCAAUCCAUUUACAAAUUAAUUUGGACCAAUGCUUUCGUAUUCUCUCAAAAAGGCAUCUUUGUACAAUGCCUUAAUUACAUUAGAAUAUUUUUUCUUCUUCCUUACCGCCAAUAUCACAAAAAUCUUUAAAAAAAGUGUUCUUUUUUUUUAAAUAAUGGCGGCGUAUUGAACUGUCUAAAACCCAUUGAAAGAUUUGACAUAUAGCAUUUCUUUUGAUACUUUAAAUUAAUGUCAAAUUGUGCUUUGGUGUACUAUAAGUGAUAUAAAACAGUUUGAGAGUAUGCUGUUAAAUGUUGUAAUAUAUGUUAUGCUUAUUGUGUAUAAAUUGUAUAUUUUAG